AAAUCCAUCGACUCCAGUUCCAUGCUAUGAGUGACAUUUUAUGAAUAGCAGCUGCAGAAACGUAGAAUGGCCACGACCAAGACACCAGGCCAGCCUGGAUCAUCUAACAUCACAACACAAGAAUUUGUUGUUCGAGUACCAAAAGGUCAAAAAAAGAAAUAUAAAAUGAUGAAGUUUUCUACAGGAAAUGAUGUGGACUUUGUGAAAUUAAGUCAGACGCCAAUUAGAAUGGAAAGAGAGAAUAAUUAUAAGGAGUUUAAGUCAGCUUAUGACAUAGAUGUACAUCCCAAAUUUGGAGCUGGCAGUGAGUAUGGACGUGAACAGAAGGAGGAGGCCAGGCGCAAAAAAUACGGCAUCAUGUCUAAAAAAUAUAAUCCAGAGGAACAGCCAUGGAUUCUGAAAAUAGGGAAGAACAAGGAAAUGAAGAAAAUGAAGGGUGUUAAAGAGGGAACAAUUACAGAGAAUACAUCCUACUAUAUCUUUACCCAGUGUGCAGAUGGAGCAUUUGAAGCAUUUCCAGUGGAGGAGUGGUACACUUUUAGUCCUAUCAUCAAAUACAAGUACCUUAAUUCAGAGGAAGCUGAAGAAGAAUUCAAUAGACGAGACAAAACUAUGAAUUUGUUUUCUGUCAUGGUGAGGAAUCGUGUACGGAAUGAAGAGGAGGAAGAAGCAAACCCUGAUGAAGAAGAUACAAUAAAAACAAAGACCAAAUCAAAGAAAAAGGAAAAAAGUGAAUUUAAGAUAACAGAUGAAGAAGAUUGGGCUAAUUAUUCAGAUGAAGGAAAUGAAGAGGAAGAAGAUGAAGAGAAACUUAAUGAAGAUGAAAAUGAUUCUAAGAGUAAAAAAAAGGGCAAGAAACACCAGAAGAGAAAUGCCAAACACAAUUCUGAUGAUGAGGCAGUGGAAGAUAGUGACGAAGGGGAUUUUGAUGACAGAGAGGUUGACUACAUCACCGACUCCAGCAGUGAAGAAGAAAUGGAAGACAGGGAAAAGAAAGGCACCUAUGAAGAAAAAGGAGUUGAUGAGGAGCGAGGCCUGAGGAAAUUGAUAGAUUCAGAGGAAGAGGAAAGUGAGGAGGAGGAAGACCAGAAGUCAAAUAAAGCAGAAGAAGAAGAGGAUGAGGAAAAGACAAAAAAAGAAAAGAAAAAAGAUGGUUCUGAGAGCAGCAGUAGUUCCAGUUCAGACAGUGAUUCAGAUAUAGAAAAAGAAGAUAAUCUAGCUUCAGUCAUUUUUAUGCAGAAAAAUAAGAAAGAGAGAACUUCUCCUGUGCCAAGAUCUUCCACACCCAGCCUAAUGGAUACAGAAAAUAAGAAAGCCCAGAAAAGAAAAAUGGAGUCUGAAGACACUCCUUCUAAAAAGUCUAGAACUGAGAGCCCUGGAGUCAGUGCAAAGACAUCAAGUGCUGGAAUCACAGAAGAGGCCAUUCGUAGGUACUUGAUGAGAAAACCAAUGACAGCAAAAGAACUGUUAAAAAAAUUCAAGUCCAAGAAGGUCAACAUGAGCAAAGAAGAAAUGACAAGCACACUGACAAAGUACCUCAAAAAGAUUCAGCCUGAGAAGAAUAUUAUCAACAAAAAGAUGUACUUUUCUCUGAAAAAAGAUUGAUUUUUCUGAGUACAAAUCAUUCAAGCUCUAUAUGUAAACCACAAAACCCAUGCAGUUACAUUUAUCAGUGACAAUUGAUAUGCAAACAAAAGUGCUCUAAAAAAUUUUAAUUUGCCAGAGUAUCCAAAAAAUGAUGUAGAACAAUAUUCCAUGCAGUGGAAAAAGUUAUUUAACUACUGUUUUAUUGUUUUGAAAACAAAGAUACUGAAAAACAAAAAAAAAACCCACUAACAAAUGACAACUGUUCCACCAUGACAUGAUAUAACUGCAUGUGUGUUUUGAUUAGGGUUCUGUAAUAUUAAGAGAUUACUAAAUUCAGGAUAGGGUGUUAUCAGAGUUUGAUGUUGUACAUAAACUACUGAAAGAAAACAGAGACAAAAUCUAUUCCGAGAUAUUGAGGGCAUGGAUUACAUUUGAUGUAAGGAAUAUUUAUGUUCAGUACAUUGAUCCAGAGAGAAUAAAAGGUUUUCACUUCA